CAGAAGACAUCUAAACAAAAUGGCGUCGAAAUCGAAAUCUCAACGAAACUUGAUAGACGUUUUAGCAUAAUUUCCCACUUAGUAAUCUCGUUUGCGACAAAACAAACAUGGACCAAACAAGCACCAACAGCGAUGAAGAAGGCAACCACUCAGCGAAAACCUCCAAACAAAGCAACGUCCUACCCCUUUGGGGCAACGAACGCACGAUGAACUUGAACCCCCUAAUUCUAACCAACAUCCAGAGCUCGCACUAUUUCAAAGUGAAUUUAUACGAAUUAAAAACCUACCACGAGGUAGUCGACGAAAUCUACUACAAAGUCAGCCACCUGGAGCCCUGGGAGAAGGGCUCGAGACGCACGUCAGGUCAAACCGGGAUGUGCGGAGGCGUCCGAGGCGUCGGCGCCGGCGGCAUCGUCUCCACCGCCUACUGUCUACUCUACAAACUGUUCACGCUCAAACUCACCCGCAAACAAUUGAACGGGCUCAUCGGCCACUGCGAUUCCCCCUACAUUCGAGCGUUGGGCUUCAUGUACAUCCGGUACACGUUCCCGCCCGGCAGCCUGCUCGAAUGGUUCGAGGACUAUUUGGAAGACGAAGAGGAGCUCGAUGUUAAAGCGGGAGGCGGUCAAAAUAUCACCAUCGGUUUGAUGUUGAGACAAUGGUUGGUGAAAUUGGAAUGGUUUUCGACGUUGUUUCCGAGAAUUCCGGUACCCAUACAACAGAAGAUCCAAAAACAUUUAGAAAACCGGUUUCCCCCUCACGCCGUCCAAGCGGCCACCGAGCGGGCCAGAGAGGAUCGAAACAACAGGAGAGAACGACCGGCGGCCCCGCCUGUGGCCCCCCUUCGGGACGACAUCCGUAGGGAUUUCCUGCGGGACGACGACAGGCGAAGGGAUCACCGAGGGGGCCACGACAGGAGGGACAGGAAGCACCGAGACAGGAGCCCGUUGAGGAGGAGCCCGGCGAGAAGGAGCCCGACGAGAUCGUACAAGCACGGAGAGAGGGGCGCGAGUAGGGAGAGGAGGAGUCGGUAUUGAUCGGCGGGGGGAACGUUCGAAGGUUUUUUUUUUUAUACGAUUGUAAUAAGUUUAGCGUAGUUUGUAAUUUAAUUGAUGCCUUUUUGUGAGUUUUGAUGGAAUAAAUUUUUAGUUACCUU